AUGUCUCAUCUAUUACUGCGUGACAGCUUUUGGGGAAGGACCAUCUACCAUCUGAGUAAACACAGGUAUUUCUCUUUUCCUGAAGAGAAAGAUGGUUUCAUUGCUCCUGAAAAGUACUACCUGAAUAUGGACCAAGUAUCGAUACAUGCUGAAUCUGAGAAAAAUAUAGUGGAAGGUUUGGUAGACACUUCAAAUUCUUCGUUGGAGGAAGUAAAGACCACUAGAGUCAUAGUCGACUGGGAUGAAUAUGAUCAGAAAGAAAAUCCCCAAAACUGGAGCUCGCUUUUAAAGUGCUUCGUUGUUUUUGAAGUGGGAAUCUUAACCGUAGCUGUUUAUAUGGGAUCUGCAAUUUACACUCCCGGUAUAGAAGAUAUUAUGAGAGAUCUCAAUGUUAGCAGAACGGUGGCAACACUUCCAUUAACCUUGUUUGUGAUUGGAUACGCUGUGGGUCCAAUGAUAUUCUCCCCCAUGUCUGAGCAUCCCGCUAUCGGAAGGACAACGAUAUAUGUGUGGACCCUGUUCAUAUUUGCUAUACUACAAAUCCCAACGGCCCUGACCACUAACAUUGCUGGAUUUUGCAUUUUGAGGUUUAUUGGAGGGUUUUUUGCGUCACCAGCAUUAGCUACAGGUCCAGCUUCUGUAGGUGAUGUUAUUGCAAUCCCGCACUUGCCUGUAGGGUUAGGCCUUUGGAGUAUCUGUGCUGUUUGUGGUCCUUCUCUAGGACCACUUUUUGGAGCCAUAUUUUCCCAACUUGUGAGUUGGAGGUGGUGCUUCUGGUUUCUGUUAAUUACCUCUGGGACACUAUUUAUAGUUCUUGGCUUCACUUUACCAGAAACGUAUGUACCAACCCUUCUUUACAGAAAGGCUAGGAGGCUACGAGCAUUAACAAAAAACGAACUGAUUAUCAGCAAAGGGGAGUUAGAUAUUCAGGACAGAACUGCCAAGGAAGUUUUGAUUGAAUGCUUAUGGAGGCCAGUCGACAUAUCAUUCAGAGACCCCGUUGUCUUGAUGAUAAAUCUUUACAUUUCAAUGGUUUAUUCUAUUUGGUACAUUUGGUUUGAAGCGUUUCCUAUUGUAUUCUUAGAGAUAUAUGGAUUCAGCCUUAUUGGAAUGGGAGCUAGUUUUGCCGGAAUCUUAAUUGGUGUCUUAAUAUGCUCUGCGUGCUAUUGCUAUGCGUGUCAUGUUACUUUUGCAAGAAGAAUAAUUGCAAACGAAACCAUUCAUCCUGAGUUCUUUGUACCGGGCGCUAUUAUUGGAGGUUGCAUAAUGCCCACUGGAAUCUUUAUUUUGGGAUGGACUGCCACCAAAAGUGUCCACUGGAUUGUACCUAUAAUAGGUAGCGGUUUAUUUGCUGCUGGUGGUUAUCUCAUUUUCCAGACACUCUUCAACUACCUUGCAAUGUCUUUCCCUAGAUACAUGGCAUCAGCUUUUGCCGGAAAUGAUCUUUUCAGGUCCUUUUCUGCCAGUGUUUUCCCACUGUUUGGACAUGCACUAUAUGCCAACUUGGGAUCCGAAAAGUUCCCUGUUGGUUGGGGUUCUUCUGUACUGGGGUUCAUCACUGUUGCAAUGAUCGCAAUUCCAGUAACUUUCAUGAGAUAUGGUCCAAGAUUGCGUGCAAAUUCUAGAUAUGCCGGGCCAUGA